AAAUAAGUUGUGCAAAAUUUCUUUUAGGAGUGCCGGUCGAUAAGAAACUAAAUUCGUUGUUCAUACAAGUACAUACAUACAAACAAUGAGAUUAAAUUGCAAACAUUUCAAUAAUAAUAAUAAAAAACACAUUAAUCUCCAUUGAAAUCUAAGAAAUAUUUAAAUAUUCAGCAAUUUAAAAUAGCUUUCUUCGUGUAUUUACUGUCUAACUAAUAAUAUAACAACUUAUCCAAUACAUUGCAUCCUCGUAUUGUCAAAUAGGUUUUGUGGAAUCAACAUACGUCAGGAUUUGUUAUCAAAUUAUCUUCAUGUUCAUAAAAUAAACUAAUUAAACCAUGGAAAUUCUAAAAAGCUUGCCAAAGGAUGUUGUAAUGUUUUUGGUUGAUAUUCUAAAUUUAUUUAUCAAAUCAACUACCCAGUUUGUACUAUCGAGCAAACUAAUUAUUGUAUGCGUCCUGCUUACGUUUCCUGUAGUUUUACAAGUGAUUGCAACGUCUGCAGUAGAGAGGACAAAUAAUGGAGGCGAGAGCAAUUUGCCGAUAGAAGAUCUUAGUAAUCGAAUCAUGGAUUACACUGCAAAAAUCUUUAAUAUUACAACCAUAACAUAUGCUCUGGCAAAAAAUGAACGAAAGCAUUUGUUGUCAAACGUAUUUCCUUCGUCGUUUGUAUUUUACAUGUAUGAAAGUUAUUCGAAUUUAAUCGAUCAUGAUGAUAUCCUACAAAAGCAUUACAUUUUUAAAAUGUCACGCUAUAUGAAUGUGUCUAAGACGCAGAAAGAACGUGGCAACAAACACAAUCAACACAAUCAUAACUCAGAAGAAGCAUUAGCAUUUGACGAGGAUUACUUUCUCGAAUAUGAGGACAAUUUUACAUCAAAAUCCGGGAAAAACACACCGAAUGUUACAAAAGAAACGAGUUGCUCGUCGUGUCAACACCACGAAAAAACUAAAAAAGAAACCUUGGAAUCCAUAAAGAAAAAUAUAUUGAUGCGUUUGCAAAUAACACAGCCACCCAACAUAACAAAUCCAUUACUAAUAGUGCCUCAAAAAAUACUGGAUAAUUUCUACAAAAAUUCGAAUUAUUCGAGGACAAUGACGCCACAGUCCGUCUACAAACAACAUUACAAUAAUAAUAAUAGAAUUCAUAAAAAGAGAACAAAAGUGACCGCAUCAAAUGUAGAGGACGAAAUGAGAGACGAAGAUGCCAAUGAUUCAAGUAGAACUCUAAAUGAAGAUCAUGAUAAUGAUGACAUUAUGAUAAGUGACAAUAGGUAUGAUUAUUUCGAUGACGACUUUUCAACGUUCCUAAUGCAAGCAGAUGAAUUCUAUUCGCGACUUCAUAGCAUAUAUGUGUUUCCAACAAAAUCGCGCAUUCUCAAUAAUCGAAAACCGGAGAUAUUUAAUUUUAAAUUCAAUAGUGAUCCAUCCCGUAUAUCGAGCAGUAUAUUACACAUAUUCAUAAAGGGGCAGAAUUGGAUGUAUGAGUAUCAACGAGAUAUGAUGGAGAAAACAAAUAUGGAUGUUUCAAUCAAAAAGAAACAAGAAAUAACUAUUAUUAUCUAUAGAGUAUUGCGACGAUCCAAUUCGAUGAAUUAUACACAUACAGUGAAGUUAAUUGAAAGUCGCCAUCAAAUACCACCUGGUAAAGGACAGUGGGUUGAGAUUGAAAUUAAAGAAUUGUCAAAGUAUUGGAUGAAAACACCAAAUACUACACAAAGUAUCGUUAUUCGAGGCAUGGAAUCGUGGAUGCGCAAUUUUAUUGUAACUGACGAUCAAAGCAAUGAUAAAUCACUAACUAUGCACAUAGAAAUUGUAACGAAAGUGAAAAAUCGCUACAAACGUAAUGCUGCCUUGGAUUGCCGUGAAAGUGACAAUGAGGUUCGCUGUUGUCGUUAUCCACUAAAGGUUAAUUUCACCAACUUCGGCUGGAAUUUUAUUGUUGCGCCUCAACAUUUCGAUGCUUAUUUCUGCAAUGGCGAGUGCAAUGUUGGCUAUUUGGAAGAGUAUACUCAUACACAUAUAACAUCGCUCUCUACAUCGGCCAAACCCUGCUGUUCGCCACAAAAAUUGAGUCCACUUGCUCUUUUGUAUUUCGAUAACAAUAACAAGCUAAUGUAUAGCACCAUUCCAAAUAUGUCUGUGGAAAAAUGUAGUUGUUCCUAAGAUCUUCAUAUACAUACAGUAGCUCAAUAAAGUCUACAUCCAGGAAAAAUAAUUGUCUUACUUCAAUAUAAAGCAGAUUUUUUUUAAUGAAAUGUAUAAUAAUACACGUCUUAUGUCGAUUUUAGCAACAAAAAAAAAUCAUAUAAUGCGCAACAGUUCACCAUUUUUAGAGUUAUUGAUUCUGAGUAAAAUAACAAAAAAAUAAUUUUUAAUAAUAAUAUUUUGAACAUUAAAGCCCUAAAACCAAACAAAAAAUCGUUAUUUGACUCAGAAUCAAUAACAUAGGUGAACAGAAGAAACCAUUACAUACAUUUGGACCAUAUUUGUACUACUGGACAACAAACAAUACAUCAAAAUUGUGUAGUGGUUUAAAAUGCCUCUAACAUUUUUUUCAAUUCUGUUGCCCGACUUAAGUGAAUUGUUUUAAUUUUUUUAGUAUGAAUUUAUUUCUUUAACAAAUAUAUUUCAUUACUAAAAAUUAAUUUGAAUUCCUGUAUGUAGACUUUAUUGGGCUACUGUACAUAUAACUAUAUAUAUGCAUUUGUAGCAUAUAAAACAAUUGUGGAUAAGAUGAGAUAAGACUACAUAACACAUCAAUGCAUUUGUUCAGGGAAUAUUUGUAAACUAAAGCUGAGAAGCUCAUUUACAUAUUGGACUAGCUUAACUCAUAAGUUUAAAAUCAAAACAAUUGCAUUUUUACUUUAAUCAAGGCUAGUUUAUUAUAAAAAGUAAGAAAAAAUUAAUCAAAACAUGAAAGAACCACCCCAUUCCAAGGUUUUUUGUAGAGUGAAGUGGUUAGUUUACUAACCACCGUGGCGGUUGGCAUUGAAAAUAACUAUGACAAAUUUUUGUUUCGUAUACAUUUUUUUGGAAAUCGAAUAUUUUUGACUAAAUUUUCUGACCAAACAUCCAAAAUAUCAAAAUAACACUGAAUUCGUCAAAGUUUUGCAAAAAAUCAUAAACGAUGACUUCAAAAAAUAUAAUUGUUUAGCAAAAUGGCAAUAGAUGACAAUAAACUAUGCUUUAAAGACUAUAGAAAUUGUGGUUAGUAAAGUGACCACCCAACCGCACAGAGUUAAGGUAGGGUCACACAUGACAAAUAUUUGUUUACUCUUACAAUUGUUUUGUAAGAUCAAACAGCAUCAAAUAAAAUACAACUAACUUUUUUGUUUUGAUUCAUCCAAAGUAAAAUAAAUUUUUGAAAUAAAUAAAAGAA